UGUAGCGGCUGAUCUCUAGUUUUGUUUCCUGUUGUCAAAUUAUCGGCAUGGCAAAGACAUGUUCUACGAAAAUCUAACCUAAACAAUAUUAUAUUGAAUUGCUUCUGGGUGUACAUCAUGGAGACUGAGGGGAGAGAUUUCCUUAACUCUCCCCCCAUGAAGACGGUGCGGUUUGGGGGCAGUGUUGUUUCCACGUUACAUAAAUUCAAACAGGGAGACACCAGUGACUAUGAGUUAUUGAAACAUCAGCUGGCAGAUCCAGAUAUCAAGGAUGCCCAAAUCCUUAACUGGCUGCAGGAGUUCCGAAACUGUGUUACACAACUGAGCAAAGACCAUGAACAGCUGAUCUAUGUGGUUCUGAGGCUGCCUUGGUUGGGUCGGAGCCCUGCGGUAGUGGAGGAGUAUCUGGCCUUCCUCAGUAACCUAGUUUCAGCUCAGACUGUCUACCUGCGGUCCUGCCUCAAGAUGGUGGUCUCCAACUUCACGCCCAAGAGAGUGAAGGUCUGUGAGGGAGGAGUGGACAUCUCAGAUUCGGAUGAUGACGAUGAAAACCUUCCGGGUAAUUUUGACCAGUGUCAUCAGGCCCUGCAGUUGAUUGCCAGAUACGUCCCAUCCACAAGCCGGUUCAUGAUGCCGAUUCUGACAGACAACUUUCCUUUUGUGCAGAAGUCCUCCAGAACCCUGGAGUGUUAUGUCCACAACCUUCUGCGAGUGGCGGUGUACAUUCCCACUCUACGACGAGACAUCCUGGAACUCAUCGUUAAUAGGAUGCUCAAACUGGACGUGAGUGCUCCCCGGGGAGAGAUAGAGGAGGUGGAGGAGAACGCUGUGCAGAAAGAGGUGAAGGGAGAGCAAGAGGAGGGCCUCUUUGACAUGGACGAGGACGUGUGUUCAGUGAAGUCCGGUCCGGAAGGAUCCGACAGGAUGUGCCACCCUGUGGCAGAGAGACUGGACACGCUGAUGGCUGUGCUGCUGGCCUUCAUCAAGGAUGUGUGCCACGUCAAUGGCUGUCUAGAUGUGGAGCGGACUAAGGAUCUGUAUCGGGAUCUGAUCUGUGUGUUUGACAAACUGAUCCUGCCUACACACGGUUCCUGCCACAUCCAGUACUCCGUCUUCUAUCUCUGCAGCUUCCGACUGGCCCUGGCUGAGGCCUUCCUGGAACACCUGUGGAGGUUACUUCAGAGCCCGUCUCACUCUGCAGUCAUUCGGCAGGCAUCGGCCGGCUACAUGGGUAGCUUCCUGGCCCGUGCCAACUUCCUGCCCGUCGCCACGGUGCGAGCCUGUCUGGACCUGCUGGUCCCCUGGCUCCAUCUCUACAUCGACAGCCAGGACUCCAGAUCCCGGGCCUACUGUGACAUCGCGCUGCACGGACCCUUCUACAGCGCCUGUCAGGCCGUCUUCUACACGCUGAUCUUCCGUCACGGGGACCUCCUGAAGGGCGACAUGGGUAAAGGACUGGCGUACCUGCAGGGCCUGAACCUGGAGAGGAUCGUCAUGUGUCAGCUCAACCCUCUGAAGGUCUGCCUGCCGGCCGUCACCAACAUGUUUGCUGCCAUUACCAGGAAGUACCAGUUGGUGUUCUGCUACACCAUCAUUGAGAGGAACAACCGACAUGUUCUCCCCGUGGUCCGCACCUCUGUGGGAGGCGACUGUGUGUCCACCAACACCAACCCCCUGGACAGCUUCUUCCCCUUUGACCCCUACCUGCUCAAGAGGUCCGGUAAACUUAUCGAGCCCCUAUACCAGGUAUGGGAGGAGCCAGCAGACGCUGAGAUGGACCCUGUUACCACCAAGAGAGUCAGACAGUGCUCCGACGCGGAUGAGGAUGAUUUUCUGCGAGGGGAGACACCUGAGUCUAAAGAGGUGGUUGGCAUGACCCCCGGCUCCUAUGACUCUCACCUCCGCAGCCCCAGUAGUGUGGGCUCCCCGCCCAUUGCCUUCCUGCAGAAACCCUUCUGACCCCCCUCCCCCACCCUCGGAUUUCAAAUGGACUAAUCCACAACACUGACUCUUCAGAAACCCAUGGAUUUUGCAUGGACUGACCCACAACACUGAACUAAUCCACAACCCGGAAUGUUUUCAGGAAGGUGGUGGAUGAUUGUAGAUAGUUGAACAUUUCAUUGGUUGCUGUCUAAGUGGGUGUUCCCUCUCAUGAGCAUAACAUGAGUGGUGGGCAUUACCAGGGAAUGUCACAUUUUCUUAGCAUGCCUAAGAGGGAACAGCUGGUUCGGGUCUGCUUGUUGUUUUCUACCUGCUUCAGGAAAAAACGAGCCAUUGAUAUAAUUUUCCUUUACUGCCUCUGACUUUCCGACAAUCCGCUUUAAUGUUUUCAGAUGGACUAUUGUGAUAAUUUAAAUGGAUUUGUUGGAUUGUGUUUAAUAACAGGUGGGUCGUCUUCAUAUGGAGGCUUCUCUUGACCCAUCCCUUUUUGAAAUAACACUCUUACUUUAAUUCCCUGAAUUCCCUUUCAUCACUGAAGAGCAGUAUCAAUAUGAUUCAUUUGGACACCUUCUAGCAACUACUUAAACAUGGACAAAAAAUUUGACAACCCACGUAGAGAGAUCUUGAUUUUAUUAAUGGUGCCAUCAGAGACACAUUAUUGUAGUUAACAUGUUGUAAUUGGUUAGUAAUGCAUAACACUUUAACUAAACUAUUGUAUUUUUUUGUUAUAUCCAGAGUGAAGAUUUUGUUUCCUUAGCCACAGAGAAAUUAUGACACUUUCAAUUGUAUAUAGACAAGUAUAAGAUCUGAACAAGAAAUGUUUAUCCUUUACAAAUGUAAGAGAUUAAAUUCUUGAAAUACUUCUUAACCAGAA